UUUGCUGAGAAGACUGUGAAGCAAAUAAGCACAUUUUUCCUACUAUUCCUCGUGUCUAAUGUGAAGUUUGAAUUUCAAUUUCCACAGAACUCCUAGAACUUGAAGUUACACAGGAAUAUGAAAGAUAUACAAGAGCAAAAAAGACUAUAAAGGAAGAGAAGACUUUUGUUUGCGUCAUCCUGUUUCUUCUGAAGAGUAACAAUUGGAAUAAAAAGAGUCAUCAGAAUGAAUAGUUGUUUACUGCUACUUUUCAUGUUGGAAAUGCCUCUCCUAUGGACUUGCCUUAUAGCAACAGAAAACUUUAAAACUGAGAAAGCUAAGCAGCCAGCGGGAUAUCAUUUGAGAGUGAAGCGUGGCUGGGUGUGGAAUCAGUUUUUUGUACCAGAAGAAAUAAAUACGACUCAUCACAUAGGCCAGCUAAGAUCUGAUUUAGACAAUGGAAACAACUCUUUCCAGUACAAACUUUUGGGAGAUGGAGCUGAAAGUAUUUUUACCAUUGAUGAAAGAACAGGUGACAUAUAUGCCGUACAGAAGCUUGAUAGAGAAGAACGAUCCCUCUACAUCCUAAGAGCCCAGGUAAUAGACAUCACUACUGGAAGGGCUGUGGAACCUGAGUCUGAGUUUGUCAUCAGAGUUUCGGAUAUCAAUGACAAUGAACCAAAAUUCCUAGAUGAACCUUAUGAGGCCAUUGUACCAGAGAUGUCUCCAGAAGGAACGUUAGUCAUCCAGGUGACAGCAAGUGAUGCUGACGAUUCUUCAACUGGUAAUCAUGCUCGUCUCCUAUACAGCUUAUUACAAGGCCAACCAUAUUUUUCUAUUGAACCAACAACAGGAGUUAUAAGAAUAUCUUCUAAAAUGGAUAGAGAACUGCAAGAUGAGUAUUGGGUAAUUAUUCAAGCCAAAGACAUGAUUGGUCAGCCUGGAGCACUGUCUGGAACAACAAGUGUAUUAAUUAAACUUUCAGAUGUUAAUGACAAUAAGCCUAUAUUUAAAGAAAGUUUAUACCGCCUGACUGUCUCUGAAUCUGCACCCACGGGCACUUCUAUAGGCACAAUCAUGGCAUAUGAUAGUGACAUAGGAGAGAAUGCAGAAAUGGAUUAUAGCAUUGAAGAGGAUGAUUCACAAACAUUUGACAUCAUUACUAAUAAUGAGACCCAAGAAGGAAUAGUUAUAUUAAAAAAGAAAGUGGAUUUUGAACACCAGAACCACUAUGGUAUUAGAGCCAAAGUUAAAAACCGUCAUGUUGAUGAGAAGCUUAUGAAAUACCAUACUGAAGCUUCCAGCACUUUCAUUAAGGUUCGGGUAGAAGAUGAGGAUGAACCUCCUAUUUUCCUCCUUCCAUAUUAUGUGUUUGAAAUUUUUGAAGAAAACCCACAUGGAUCAUUUGUAGGCACGGUGUCUGCCACAGACCCAGAUCAUAGAAAAUCUCCUAUCAGGUAUUCUAUCACCAGAAGCAAAGUGUUCAAUAUUGAUGACAAUGGCACAAUCAUUACAAGUAACCUACUUGACCGGGAGAUCAAUGCUUGGUACAACCUAAGUGUUACAGCCACAGAAAGACACAAUGUACAACAGUUCUCUUCAGUACCUGUGUAUGUACAAGUUCUUAAUAUUAAUGAUCAUGCUCCUGAGUUCUCUCAAUAUUAUGAGACUUAUGUUUGUGAAAAUGCAGAUUCUGGUCAGAUAAUUCAGACCAUUAGUGCGGUAGAUAGAGAUGAAUCCACAGAAGAUCACCAUUUUUACUUUACUCUAUCUUUAGAAGACACAAACAACUCAAGUUUUGCAAUCAAAGAUAAUCAAGAUAACACAGCUACAAUUUUGACUAAUAGAACUGGAUUUAGCCUACAAGAAGAGUCUGUCUUCUACAUAUCCAUCUUAAUUGCUGACAAUGGAAUCCCAUCACUUACAAGUACAAACACCCUUACCAUACAUGUCUGUGAUUGUGAUGAAAAUGGGAAUACACAGAUCUGCAGGAAUAAGGAAUUUACGCUUUCCAUGGGAUUCAAGACAGAAGUCAUAACUGCUAUUCUUCUCUGCAUUAUGGGAAUAUUUGGGUUUAUUUUUUUGAUCUUGUGUCUAAAACAACGAAGAAAACAGACUCUAUUUCCUGAGAAAAGUGAAGAUUUCAGAGAGAAUAUAUUCAGAUAUGAUGAUGAAGGGGGCGGAGAAGAAGAUACAGAGGCGUUUGAUAUUGUAGAGCUGAGGAGCAGCACCAUAAUGCGGGAACACAAGACUCAGAAAACCACCAGGGCGGAGAUCAGGAGCCUAUACAGGCAGUCUCUGCAGGUUGGCCCAGACAGUGCCAUCUUCAGGAGAUUCAUUCUAGAAAAGCUGGAAGAAGCUAAUACUGAUCCGUGCGCCCCUCCCUUUGACUCCCUCCAGACCUACGCUUUUGAAGGAAUGGGGUCCUUAGCUGGAUCCCUAAGCUCCUUAGGAUCAGCAGUCUCUGAUCAGGAUGAAAACUAUGAUUACCUUAAUGAGCUGGGACCUCGCUUUAAAAGAUUAGCAUGCAUGUUUGGUUCUGCAAUGCAGUCAAAUACUUAGAGCUUUUUACCAUCAAAAUGUAAAAAGUGAUAAUAUAUUUGGGCCAAAUCGCAGUCUCUCGGUAAAGAGCUGUGUGCUUUGCUUCUCUGGGGUGGCGGGAAGCCCUUGUUUAUAGAGUUUUCUGACUUCCUUUGAGUAAAUACUCCAUGAUUGUUUCAGGCUACACACAUGUUGUCAUUGAACAAAGUGUGGGAAGAGGUGCCAACAAUCAGCUUUCAGGGGCGCCAGUGCAAGGCAAGUCUAGCAUAUGACUGAAAUAUUCCUCUAGCAUUUUUCAAUAUCGUCUAAUGCAAAUUCUUAAAAUUUUUGAAUGGCUAAUGUAAGAAAGGCACUGAAUUAGGCCAUCUUGUCCUAUUUUAUGUAUACUUUUUUUUCUUUUACUUUUAGAAAGUGACAGUAAAAUGUUUGUGUGUUAAGUUCCUGAUACUAUACAGAGGCAAACUUUAACACCUAGGAGAAUCUGGGUGAUUACACAAAGGUUUAAAAACAUUUACUUUAUGUAACAAGUUUCUGAGUAAGAUUCCAUGAUUCAUUCUAGUUUGAUAUUUUAAAAUCUUUGCGAAGACCACUCUUUAAAACUGAUUUCAAAUUUGGACAGAUACUUGGUAUGUAUUAAUUAAUCAGAGUUAUAUAGUAUAUGAAUUUGUAUUAUUUUUGAUAUUAUAGCUGGAUUAUUUUCAUAUGAAAUGGAAAAUAUAUUUUAUCAUGUCAAAAUGC